CUCGGUUUUGGUCGUGGUGAUUCGGUGGGUGGCGAGGCGGGGCGGCGACGUGCGGCGACCUUUCGAGCAUCAAGGACACCCAGCCAGCUCACGGGCAGCAGCGACGGGCGGCGACCUCGCUGGCGAGCGGAAAAAUUCCCCCCCCCAAAGUCUGGCAGCGAUGUUCUGGAACAUUGUGCAGUGCAGUGUGUUCGCUCAAUUGUGUUCUUCGGCAUCUUUGCUCCCCUCCUUGUUUUCCGCCGCCCUUCCUCCCUGGCUCAACCUGCCGGGUCCCUUUCCCCACUGCCCCGAUCCCUCUCUUCCCCUCCCUUGGUUGCCUACCCACCCUCCUCGCCUUUGCCUCCUCCCAAGACCCCCGUUGUUCUCCGUUCUUCCUCCUGCUCGUCUCUGUCCCUCUUGGCGUUGUGAGGCUGCGACGCCCAGCCGAGCCGCUGGACUCAGCGGAGCUUGACCUCAUCCGUCUCAUGCAGGACCUAGAGCACCAGCGGGCGAUGGCACAGAAGCGGAUCCGGGCCGCGGCGCGGGUCGCCUCCUCGGCCGCGGGCCCCGACGCGGAGCAGUGCGCAGCAGAUCGGGCAACUCUGGAGGACGACCUGGCCGGCAUCGAGAGGCGCAUCGCGGGCCUGCGGCAGCGCAUGCGCGACCGCAGGGCUUUCCGCAGGGGGGCUGGCGCGCCAGUGGCCGCGAGGCCGCAGGAGCCCGACGAGGCUGCCGCCCCGCAGAAGGCUCGGUUUCAGCCUCCAUGGGAGGCCCGCUUCAUGUUUUCUUUUCCUCUCCCUUGCACCCUUCCCCCGCCUUUGAAAGUCGAUCUGGAUGGCGACUGUCGCGCGGGCCUAUCGCCUUGGGUCAUGCGGCUCGUCUCGAGGUGCCUGUCUUGUGUUUUUGUGUUUCACGGCACAUCUGGAGAAAACUGCAUGCGGGCGCAAGCGGUUCGACCACCGUCAGUCGACCCUCCAUCUCACUCUGCGGCGCAGCCAUGCCGUCGUGAUAUGCAGUGCUUGCGGGUGGAGCUAUGAAUCUUCUGUGCUUUGCGUGAGAAAAAUCACGAGUAUUGUAUCUGGAGGACGGACACGGGUAUGGAGAGAAUGUGUACGAAGACUGACAGAAUUUCCGGUCCAUUCUUAACAGGGUUCGUUGUCGGCGUCGCUACGGGCGUUGUUCUUCUUUGAGACAGGAAGGCGACAGCCCAAGAGCGGCCGCUCGGUUUUGGACGACAUGUGGUGUUGGCAUCGUACCUUUGUUUCGGAACUCAUUGCGGGCGUGCCAAUCUAUGCCUCGCAAAUUGGUUCCGAUCAGAUGGGGUCGAAGGAUUGCUCCGGAUCGCCGAUGCGAUGCGGCUCGAUGUGGGUUCAAAUGUUCUUCACGUCGACUGCGACGAUGCAUCGCCCACGUCGUCGAUGCAUUGUCGAUUCGGCGCGAUCCUCCGACUCCUCUACUUAUCGAGCCCCCUCCUCGACCAGCCGCGCCUGCUGAGAGGAUGGUGACCAUGUAGGCCGUCACUGGGUUCCCCCUUAUGGACG